UCGGAAACUUAUGCUGAAAAGCAUCGAGAGCAAAAGUGGCCACGAUUAUAGUCUCCAAUUGAAUCGAUGGUAUCUCAAGCCGAUUGGCGCUUGGCCAUUGACAAGCGCGUCGAGCGCGGCUGAGAAGAGUUAUGGGCUCGUUCAAUUAUUUGGUGCUGCUCCAACACAGCGUCAACAUUCGCGAUUGUAUAGAACACAUGAGUGCGGAUUGGGGAAUGAUGCAAAAAGCUGAUGAUCGCGAAGUGAUGAUGCAGCACGCCAAGUUCGGUCGAUUCAUUGCCGUGAUCUGCGGAGUGAUCAUGCAGGGUGGUUCGUUUCUCUAUGGCGUGGCCAAAGCGAUGAAAACCGUAACAAUCGUUAUCGGCAACGAGACCGUCACGAUGCACCCGAUGACGUGUCCAGCAUAUAGCAAGAUCAUCGACAUGAGAUACAGUCCUGUAAAUGAAAUUGUGCUGGUUAUACAGAUCUUGUCGACAUUUGUAGUGAGUUUCGCAACGGUCGGUAUUUGCAGUUUAGCCGCUGUCCUUGCAACGCACGCCUCUGGUCAAUUGAACGUGCUAUACAUGAGGUUGGACGAACUCAGCAAGAAACAAAAAGAGGGGAAUCAUAUAGACGAACAAAGAAUGAUCGUCAUCGUGGAACAUCAUCUGAGAGUGUUGAGUUUUAUAUCGCGCGUGGAAAAUAUUAUGCAUAAGGCCUCUCUCGUCGAACUGACGGGAUGUACCAUAAUUUUGUGUUUACUUGGAUAUUAUAUUCUUAUGAAUUGGGGUACAUUUGAUGCAGCACAAAUAACAUCUUACGUUAUAGUAUAUGUAUCGAUGGCUUUUAAUAUUUUUAUAUUUUGCUACAUCGGCGAAAUUAUCACCGAAAAGUGCAAACGUGUUGGUGAAGUGGCGUAUAUGACUAAUUGGUACAAUCUACAUCAUAAAACGGCGCACGGUCUCGUCUUGAUAAUCGCACGAUCGAGUAACGUGAUCAAAAUAACUGCAGGAAAAUUAAUUCAAUUAUCUAUUGCAACUUUCGGCGACGUAUUUAAGACUUCUCUAGCAUAUUUGAAUAUUUUGCGAACGAUGACAACAUAA